AUGGGGGCAAACAAGGGACGGGGACGACGGGAAAUGCCCCUACUUGCAGUGCUAGCGCUUUCCCGCAUGUGUGGUUCCUGCGCAUCCAAUUUCCCUGGGGAGAAUUUUGAGCGUAAAAAAGGUAUCAAGGCUCCCAUUACUCCCAUUACUCGAAUCAGCCCAAAGGAGGCAAGCAAGGCGACCAGCCAAAGAGCGGAAAAGGCCAUUAAUGAGCUGAGUAUUCUCCUAUCUCUUAUGUCCAAAACCAAGGAUGAGCGAGAAGCGCUUCUAGGAUUUAGACUCGAGAUCACCGUCAUUCUUAACCUUGCUACUUGCUGCAGCUGA